GGAGAAUGGUAACCGGUGAAAGCCGGUUUUGAUUACUCUUGGUUAAGCCUUUGGUCGCGUCAGACCCAGAAAAGAAAAGAUAAGAAAACACACAGAAAAAAAAAAGUAAAGAGAGAGAAAGUAGAGAGAAGAAGAAGAAGAAGAGUAAAAAGGUAGCUUCUCGCCGGUGUUCAAGCGUCUGUAACUCCCUAAACGAGCAGAGGAAGACGAAGGCGAGUGAAGGAGAGAGCACACGGAGCUGUCGUAUCUCUAAAUCGAGUUAUAGAGACGAAGGAACGGAAUCGAGUCGAGGAUUCUGAGAUUUUUUCUUGUUGAUUUCGUCCUUCUUCGUUGGGUAGAUGAAACAGAUCUGAGGUAUGACGAGUUCUGAGGCCAUAAACGUCGCCGUUUCCGGCGAGGGGCAAAAAGGUCAUUCUAACCGUGUUGUGGAUGCUGAAGCUGCUCUGUAUAGAGAGCUGUGGCACGCUUGUGCUGGUCCUCUCGUGACGGUGCCUAGACAAGAUGACAGAGUCUUCUACUUCCCUCAGGGACACAUCGAGCAGGUGGAGGCGUCGACUAACCAAGCAGCUGAACAGCAGAUGCCUCUCUAUGAUCUUCCUUCUAAGAUCCUUUGUCGAGUUAUUAAUGUUGAUUUAAAGGCAGAGGUUGAUACCGACGAGGUUUAUGCGCAGAUUACUCUUCUUCCCGAAGCUAUUCAAGACGAGAAUGCGAUUGAGAAAGAGGCGCCGCCUCCUCCUCCUCCUAGGUUUCAGGUGCACUCGUUCUGCAAAACCUUGACUGCGUCUGACACAAGUACGCAUGGUGGAUUCUCUGUGCUGAGGCGGCAUGCGGAUGAAUGUCUCCCACCUCUGGAUAUGUCACGUCAGCCUCCUACUCAAGAGUUAGUUGCAAAGGAUUUGCAUGCAAAUGAGUGGCGUUUCAGGCAUAUUUUCCGAGGUCAACCACGAAGGCAUUUGCUUCAGAGUGGAUGGAGCGUGUUUGUUAGCUCCAAGAGGUUGGUUGCAGGCGAUGCAUUUAUAUUUCUAAGGGGUGAGAACGGAGAAUUACGUGUGGGUGUAAGGCGUGCAAUGCGACAACAGGGAAAUGUGUCAUCUUCUGUAAUAUCGAGCCACAGCAUGCAUCUUGGAGUAUUAGCCACCGCAUGGCACGCCAUUUCAACAGGAACCAUGUUUUCAGUCUAUUAUAAGCCAAGGACAAGCCCAUCUGAGUUUAUUGUUCCGUUUGAUCAGUAUAUGGAGUCUGUGAAAAAUAACUACUCCAUAGGCAUGAGGUUUAAAAUGAGAUUUGAAGGCGAAGAGGCUCCUGAGCAGAGGUUUACUGGCACAAUUGUUGGGAUUGAAGACUCUGACCCCACGAGGUGGGCUAAAUCAAAGUGGAGAUCCCUCAAGGUAAGAUGGGAUGAGACUUCUAGUAUUCCUCGCCCUGAUAGGGUAUCUCCGUGGAAGCUAGAGCCAGCACUUGCUCCUCCGGCUUUGAGUCCUGUUACCAUGCCCAGGCCUAAGAGGCCCAGAUCCAACAUAGCUCCUUCAUCUCACGACUCUUCCAUGCUCAUAAGAGAAGGCUCAGCUAUGGGAAACAAGGACCCUUUACCGGCAAGUGGAUUUUCAAGGGUCUUGCAAGGUCAAGAACACCCGACCUUGAGAACGAAACAUACUGAGACUGUAGAGUGCGAUGCUCCUGAGAGUUCUGUUGUGUGGCAAUCCUCAGCUGAUGAUGACAAGGUUGAUGUGGUUUCGGCUUCUAGAAGAUAUGAGAACUGGAUGUCCUCUGGCAGACAUGAAUCUGCUUACACGGAUUUGCUUUCUGGGUUUGGGGCGAACGUAGAUCCAUCACCCGGUCAUCAGAUACCUUUUUAUGACCAUUCAUCACUACCUUCUGUGGCCGCAAAUAAAUUCAUUGGUGAUAGGGAUGGCAAGUUUGAUUAUUUUGCUAACCAGUGGCAGAUGAUGCACUCUGGUCUUUCCCUGACGUUACAUGAAUUUCCUAAGAUCCCUGCGGCAUCUGAUACCUCUUUUCAAGGGCGAGGCAAUGCCAAAUAUGGAGAAUAUCCGGUGCUUCAUUCUCUGACGACUGAGAACGCUGGUGGUAACUGGCCAAUACGUCCACGUGCUGUGAAUUAUUUCGAGGAAGCGGUUCAAGCUCAUGCGCAAGCUCAGGCUAGGGAGCAUGUAACAAAACGACCAGAGAUGGUAGAGGAGACGGCAAAGUCGAGAGAUGGGAACUGCAGGCUUUUUGGCAUUCCUCUGGUCAACAAUGUGAAUGGGACAGAUUCAACUAUGUCUCCGAGAAACAACUUCAAUGAUACUGCGGGGCUUACGCAGAUGACAUCUCCAAAGGUUCAGGAUCUUUCUGAUCAGUCUAAAGGGUCGAAAUCAACUAAUGAUCAACGUGAACAAGGAAGACCAUUUCAAGCUAAUCAUCCCCAUCCGAAGGACGUUCAUACUAAAACGCAUUCAAGUAGGAGUUGCACAAAGGUUCAGAAGCAGGGGAUUGCACUUGGCCGGUCAGUGGAUCUCUCAAAGUUCCAGAACUACAAAGAGUUGAUAGCUGAAUUGGAUAGGAUGUUUGAGUUCAACGGAGAGUUGAUGGCUCCUAAGAAGGAUUGGCUGAUAGUUUACACAGACGAUGAGAAUGAUAUGAUGCUUGUUGGAGACGAUCCUUGGCAGGAGUUUUGUGGGAUGGUUCGUAAAAUCUCCAUAUACACGAAAGAGGAAGUGAGGAAGAUGAACCCGGGAACUCUAGGCUGUAGGAGCGAGGAAGAAGCAGUUGUUGGGGAAGGAUCGGAUCCAAAGGACGCCAAGUCUGCAUCGAAUCCUUCACUGUCCAGCGCCGGACACUCUUAAACUUAAAAAAAAAAACAAGACCCGUUUGCUACAAGCCGAGGGGAAGAGUGGUAGGAACAGAAAUCAAGAAGAGUUUAAUGGUGGAGACUGGAGAGUAAAAAGAGAUUAUGGAGGGGGAGUGGGGUUAUUAAGUAAUGGUAUUAAAAAUGCAAUUUUUGAAGUAUUUUGUUGGGCAGUUAGGUUAUUAGCAUCUUCCACCAUCCUAAUAUCUAAUAAUAAUCAAAUAUAAAUAUAUAUUUUAUUAAGUAAACAAAAAUGGUUAGAGGUAUUAUAUGGUAGAAUAUGGGAAGGGUCUUUUAUAAGUAGAAAAGAUGGUGAGAAGUUGUAGAUGGAGGCUGGGUUUCGGUUCUUUACUUACUAUAUGUAUUUCUUCUUUCAUCAAAUGAUUACUUAAAAGUCUUAUUGUUUAUAUAUUAAUCUCAAUGUACAUAAGUUUUUAAGAUUUUACCUCUUUUUGAGUA